AUGACCGGGCCUAUCAGAUUGUUCUCACCUUCGCCUCCCAGCGAAGAGCAGGGGACUAUACUUGUCGUAACUGAACGGCUUAUCAUACGCCGAUAUCGACUCUCGGACGCAGCCGUCAUGGCAAGCGCAGCUAACAACAAAGCCAUUGCUGCCAAUAUGCGCAGCACCUUUCCAUCACCAUAUGGCCUCUCUGAUGCCGAGAAUUUCCUCGCCAACAUGGCAUGCAAGCCAGACGGCACAUCUUACCCAUACCACAACGGCAUCUUUCUCAAAGCUAGUACAGUCGAGAACCCUUCAACAGAGCCGCUCUUCCUUGGUUCCAUGGGCAUCCUACUCAAGAACGAUAUCUAUUUUCGUACCUGGGAGGUUGGCUAUUGGCUUGCAGAGCAAGCUUGGGGCAAAGGCUAUGCAACGGAGGCCACGAAGGCAUUUGUGAAAUGGUGCUUUGAUACGUGGCCUGAGUUGAACAGGAUCGAGGCAACAGCUAUUGGACGGAAUAUUGGGAGUCAGAAUGUGUUGAAGAAGUCUGGUUUCGUGGAGGAGGGCAAUAGAAGAGGUGCUGUUUUCAAGAAUGGUGAGGUCUUGGAUGAGCUCCAAUUUGGACUGUUGAGAAGUGAUUUGUGA